UACAACAGAUAAAAGUUUUGAAUGUGCACCAUCAUUGUUCUUUCGUACAAAUCUCUGAGAGAUGUUUUUAGAUUUCCUUCUGCAAGAACAUUUCAAUUGUAAAUGUGCAACAAGCGAUUAAACACUGACGCACCACUGCGCCAAACAGGACAGUUCCAUCUGCUCCACACAAAGGACAGAGUCAACUGCGCACAUCUGGACACAUGUUGGGAUUAUAAAAUACUUAUUGUAGUUAUAAUAACGGAAAAGGAAAUUCACCUCGUGCACAAUAUUCUGCAUUGAUCCGUAUAUUUGCUGAGCUACCUGACGCAUGUGGACCGAAUGAUGCAUUAAUGAGUGAUUGGGUUGGUCCCCCUAUAAAAAGGAGACGCGCCCACUGCUCUGCUCUGUCUCCAUACACGCCAAGAUGAGCUACGGAUCUGAAGUCUUUUCCUCCUCCUCCUACAGGAAGAUUUUCGGGGAUUCUCCCCGCUAUGCAUCCUCUCCGUCGCGGACACCGAUGUCCUCCCGCUCCGGGUACCGCUCCUCCUCAGUGUCCCGGAGCAACGUCUCCUCCCUGGGCUCGUACGCCAGAAAGUCCGGCCGCUCCAUGCCGCUGGAGACCUUCGACCUGACACAGAGCAACGUCCUCAACAAUGAGUUUAAAAUCGUCCGCACCAAUGAGAAGGAGCAGAUGCAGGGUCUCAAUGACCGCUUUGCGAUGUUCAUCGAGAAAGUGCGCAACUUGGAGCAGCAUAACAAAGUGCUGGAGACGGAGUUGACCGCGCUGCGCCAGCGGCAGGCCGAGCCGUCCCGCCUGGCCGAGCUCUACCAGCAGGAGAUCCGGGAACUGCGCUCCCAGCUGGAGGAGCUGAACGGGGAGAAGUCCCAGCUCACCAUCGAGAGGGAUUGUAUUGAAGACGACCUGCAGAAGCUCAGGGGGAAGUACGAGGAGGAGUACCGCGCCCGGGAGGACGCCGAGGCCACCCUCAAGGCUUUUAAGAAAGAUGUGGAUGAUGCCACCAUGGUGCGCCUGGACCUGGAGAAGAAGGUGGAAUCUCUGCUGGACGAGAUCAACUUCCUCCGCAAGGUGCAUGAAGAGGAGGUGGCCGAGCUGACGGACAUGAUCCACGCCGCCCAGGUGUCUGUGGAGAUGGAGGUGUCCAAGCCGGAUCUCACCUCCGCCCUCAAAGAGAUCCGAGGCCAGUACGAGUCCAUGGCGUCCAAGAACCUGCAGUCCGCCGAGGAGUGGUACAAGACCAAGUUCGCCGACUUGUCUGAGCAGGCCACCAGGAGUAACGAGGCCAUCCGUGCCAGCAGGGAGGAGAUGAACGAGUUCAGGAGGCAGCUGCAGUCCAAGACCAUCGAGAUCGAGAGCCUGAAGGGGACCAACGAGUCCCUGGAAAAGCAGCUCCGGGAGAUGGAGGACAGGCACAAUGUGGAGAUUGGAAACUACCAGGACAACAUGAUAGAGCUGGAGAACGAGCUGAGGGCCACUAAGAGUGAAAUGGCUCGUCACCUGAGGGAGUACCAGGAUCUGCUGAAUGUCAAGAUGGCUCUGGAUAUUGAAAUUGCAGCUUACAGGAAACUACUGGAAGGGGAGGAGACCCGCAUCGGGACAGGGAUCAGCUAUCCUGGCUCCUCCAUGAACAUGAGUGCCGGGCAAGGCUACAACUACCAGAGCCGUAUUUACACCAGCUCCAGCAAGGGCUCCAAGGGCGAGGGCAAGGACGAGUCCCAGCAGCAGCAGAGCAAGUCUGGAGGCAAGGUGUCCCACCGCGAAGUGUACGAGGAGACGGUGGUCACCACCAAGAAGAUGGAGAAGCAAGAACCCAGCGACAUUCCCACCAAUCAGAAAAACUAAGAGCCGACUGUAAGCUUUGUUUUGACCCCUGAAGCUUCCCUAAACCCUGCAAACCCAUACCUCUCUUCAUUUCCCGCGCUAAAACAAACAAACCCUGAGCCUUGACACUUAAGCACUUGUGGGAAUCCAAGAUGAUAGCGCUCUAUUGUAAGCAUAGUAAGAUUGUCAUGGUUUCUAAGUCCUCCAAGUAAGCUUGUAACUGUACAAAAGCGUGCAAAACUAACAACACUUUAAAAAUGUUUGCAGAAAUAACAGUAAAACUCUGUCAAAUACAUCAGAAAUAGGGUGUAAAAUUAAAAAUUGACAAAAAUUAGACACUUUUAAUUACCGUAAAUCAAAGAGUAGCACAAAACUUUCACUUUUUUCCGUCAUAAACUGUAGGAAACACACAGUUUUGCUGUAAAAAUAUAACAUUUUCAUGCAAAAUUUAUGGAGAAAUACCAUGAUGUGUGAAUUAAUGACACAAUUAUCCUAAAAAUAAAGGGACUACUCAGUCUAAAUUACAGUUUUUGCUGAUAUUAACAUUUAAAUUUACAAUAGAAAACCCUACUCACUGUAUUUUUUACGGUGAAGUUCUGGCAACCAAAGCUGCCGGUAUUUUACCGUAAAUGAAACAGAUUAUUUUUUACAGUGAAUUAUAAUCAAUACUGGUACAUUGGUUCCUACCUUCUAAUUUGACCCGCAGGAGUGUAUCCAAAAUUAGCGCCCUCACUUGUGGCAGGAGAUCAUCACUUCCUGAUACCUAAAUGUAAAAGACAAAAUUUUCAACUUGUGGUUAAUGUUACGAAAAGCAAAACUAAGGUUUAGUUUAAUAUUACGAUGCUUAUAUCGUAUGUCAGGUACUUGAAUUAAUCUAUGUUGCAAACGUAAAAUAAGUACGUUAUGGCGUUAUGUAAGUUAUCUUGGAAUAUGUAAGUAAAAAAACCGUAAUGUUGACACAAACAGCGGUCUUUUGGUCCACCUCGAUCUUUUUCCGUUACGGACUUUGUUGCUCAUUACACUGUUACCUCACUUCCUCCUUCGCUCCUGUCAUAAUCACUAAGGCCACUAGAGGUCGCUGCUACAAUAAACUGAAAUAUGGGUCGUAACCCAAUAGAGUCUAUACAUACUCUAUCUAUCUGCACUAUUGUGCACUGAAAAAAGAACCAACUUAAUUGAAUUGUUUCAUUUGGUAACACCUAAAUGAAUUAAGUUCUUUCAAAUUAAUUUAAAAUCAGUUGUGUUAAUCUAACUUAUUAAAUUAAUUUGAAAGAACUUCAUUCAUUUCGGUGUUACCAAAUGAAACAAUUCAAUUAAGUUGGUUCAACUAUUUUCUUUUUUCAGUGUGUGUUCGAUGCCCACAAGUGUGUAGCGUUCAGGAUCUGGAUGUUUGUUUUAUGCAGGUUUAUCUGUCCCCCGUCCUAUUUGUCCCCCACAUGUUUUCCCCCGAAGGAAAUCCAUUAUAACUCUACUGUAACUAUCACUCUACUCAAAAACCACAGUACAACUGUGCUCUCUCUUUCUCGUUCACACACUCAACAUCAAACAAUAACAAGCACUUAGGUAGCAUCUCGUACAGAUGUAUGGUCUUACAUAAUAUACUGUUCAACUGGUCCGUCACACUUUGAGCUAUUGUUACAUCGAUAUGUGAUACUGAAACACGGUAGUUAGAUAAUAACUCUGGUCAUUCACCACUACCACAAGCUGUGAGAUACUCUCAACACAUUCCAAUGGAAGCAUGUGUGUGCGUCCACCUUUACAAUAGAAAAGAUUCCUGACGUAAUAAUAAUGACAGUUAAAUGAGGAAGCACAGAGUCUACAGUUAAAAGAAACCAGCCAAAAUAAGCAACACAAAUAUUAUAUUGGAGAGCUUUUAUUACGAGUCUCUUUACUACUAAAAAUGGAGUUCAUAAGCAAAAUGUCUCCUUGCACAAUUUCUUGAUCCCAGUCGGUGCUUCAUGGAUUAGACUGUGGUUCAAUUAGCUCUGCAUGACACUUCCUUUUUAACUUCCCGGUGAAGUUUCAACCUCAAAAGUGGAUUCCCGUCGCUAUUUAAAGAGAUUUGAAGCAAACAAGAAAACAAAUGUAUUAAUCAAGGAUAAUUUGCAUGGUGUAUGUAGAUGUCAUGCUUGCAUGGACUCCAGCGGCCCUCUGAUUUUAAUUUUUCGGAGUGUAAAUGCCGGCUCAUAGCUUCCUAUUCACCACCUACCAUGCUAAGCAUCAUCAUGCACAAUACUCAUUAAUAACUCGAAUAGAUGUGCUUGUUAGCCUGUAGGCUAGAUUUGAGACUCUUUACUGUAAGAUGUGACUUAGGUAGGUGUUGAUGCUGCAAAGCUAAGAAGUAAAAAAUCAUCUUUAAGGCACUUAUAUAGGAAUGUGGUAUGGUAAACAGUUUGCACAAUGUGCUCUGAAGGAUACAGGGAAAAUAGAAAGUCAAGCAAAGAUUAUGUAAAAAAAAAGGCAAAAUGCAGCUAAUAUGAUAACAAAGAGGAAGUGAUUUAUCUCUUAAAACAGUCCAGCCAAUUAGAGACUGUAUUGUAGAUUACGCUUUAGCACAAAUGUACAAGAUUCUCUAUGGGUCUGAUGAAACAUAUACAUAUCCAACACCAUUUUCUCAUGUGCCAUCAAUGACGCUUGAAGCACAUUUGAGCCCCAGAAUCCAUACCAUAGCACCAUGAAACGCUCAAAAGAUGUCACAAAUUCAGUCAGUUUGAACCAACUUGACCUCUCUCUUUAUAACUGUGGCCAUGACUGGAUAAAAUGUCUGUUGUAGAACGACCUCACCACUAGAAAUCCCUCAGUAUGAGAGAUGCUUGUUUUUUCUGCUUGUGCACUGCCGACUUUAACACACAGCUUUUAUCUCCUGCUGCUGGUCAUAGCGACCUUGACAAACAAACUGCACUUACAAUAAAAAAAACAAAAAACUACUGAUUGUACGGCAGACUGUUCUGGAUUGGGUUCCUGUUGUUUUACUUGAGGCUUGUGAUAAGUAUCUUAGUACUGUAGUGAGUGUGUCUGUAUCUCUACACAGUGGCCUAUCAUAACUGGAAUUAUUUAGCAAAUCUGAAAGUUGGGCAUUUUGUUUUAUGGAUUACUAAAUUCCAACGUCAAGCAGAAGAAAAACCUCAGAUGUUCAGGCAGCAUUUUAUAGUAUACAGCUAUAACAAUGGAUGAAUGGUUCAUGGUUGCAAAUGUCAAGCCUUUAUCUUUACACUGUAAACCAAACAAGUUUUCAUUGGUGUCUGAAGACAAAAACUUCACUACUACUGCACUGCCAAACUUUUCUAAGUGCACAUGCAACACCACUUCAUGGGCAAAAAUCAAGCAUUUUCUGAAAAUACAGAAUGUCACCAAUACAAAACCAACAAUCAAGAAUUAGCCAUAAUAAUAAUAAUAAUAAUGCUAAUAUAGGAUGUGAAAUGCCUUAAAACACCAGCAGCUUUUUUUCUGGCCAUGUGUGUGAUGUAUAUGAUUCUGUUCACUGGGGUGUUUAAUCAUUAUUAUGUCUUUAUUAGCCUUUAUUAGAGCUACAAAAGCAUAUGUAGUUGACAUGCUAUUCUCUUUACUGUUAUUACUGUGUAUUGCUGUAUGACACCAUAUAUAUCAAUAAAGACUUGACAUUACUGAGGCUG